AUAGGUAUAGGAAGGAUCCGUGCAAAUUCGUCGGGUUCUACCUCACGCUCAGUCGAUCGGGUGAAAUUGUGCAGUUGACUUGGUCGGAUCGAUCCGUGGCUUAAAAGCAGGACACGAUGGCCGAUUGGGAUGGUUUUAUUCUGACGAUUUUUAUACUGGUGUGUUAUUACUAUUGUGUCUGGGCUGUUCCCAUUACGCAGGAUGCCAGUUUUGUUCGGGAAAAACGUCAGGCGACGACUCAUCCACCGAAGAUCCGGAACGAAGUGGCUGCCUUCAUCGAAAGUGGACUCAUGAACAACGACUACGUGUGGGUGGAUGUGACGACUAGGAAGUUUGUCGCGAUUCCCGGGAAUAAUUUGGAGUUUGGCAACUGUACCGACGAUGAUGAGCUGAUCUAUUUUGAUAAUACCGUGAUUGAGAAUUCGGGACCCAGUACGCUGAAUGGAACUCUGGAGAUCUACAUCGACUCGCCGGUGAACAUCAGUUGCGUGCGUGCCAUCGACCAGAUCCAGGACGGUUCCGGCGGAAUUCCCACGUUCAAUUCGAUGGGGACAAACUGGGCUAAAAUCGACGUUGCCGGCCAGUAUGGAAGGGGCUUCCACUUUCACAUCUACGUGUACGGGAUCCGAGCUAGAAAAGUCGGCUCCCCCGAAAAGGAAAAGGAAAGCAAGGACGCGCAAUCGAAUUUGGUCUAGCCGUCGUCGUCGUCGGACGAUUUUUGGGGUAACGGGGGGAAUAAGUACAAACCGAGCAACUAAUGAUGUGAUAGCUGUAAGAAACUACAAAUAUGAUUAAUCACAAAAAAACAUUUUUAUUACAAAAUAACACAGAAAUAUGAUCAAUGGAUGAUGAGUAUCCUACAGAUGCACAACGUAAA